CUUCAAUUUUUCUUUCUACUGCGAAGUUCACACCUUUCUUUCCUCAUUGUGUGUGACUGCUUCACAUGUUUGAGCAGAAUAAAGAGUUACAGAAACCUUAGGGGUUGAAGAGAGUUUGAUGGAUCGCAAUCGAAGUCCACAAGGUGAAACUGCCCGGAUACUUGUAGAAUUCUUGGAAGUUGCCAUUACGUCAGUUGUGUUCCUCAAAGGAGUUUACCCAAGUGGGACAUUUGAAAGGCGACGUUACAUGAAUGUGGUGGUUCAAAGAGCUAGACACCCAGAGCUUCAACAAUAUAUCCAUUCUUCUGUCAAUGGACUUCUUCCUUUCAUACAAAAGGGAUUGGUUGAGAGAGUGGCAGUGAUUUUUUCUGAUAGCAACAACGCACCUAUUGAGAGAUUUGUUUUCAAGAUAAAUGUGAACCAGUCCUAUGGUUCGAAGUUGGAGGAAGCGGAUCUGGAGUUCUCUCUUAAAUCAUUUUUGAUCAAGCUUCCUUUGUCACAAUCGAUAAUGAAGGUUCUUCCACCCGAUUGCAGGUGGGAGAUAACAGCUUACUUUCGCUCUCUCCCGCAGAGUGGUACUACCAGCAAAGAUGCCGAAAUGUGGGUCCCAACAGAUACGCGACAAUGGCAACAAGCACCUCUUAUAACUCCUAUUAAAUCCAUGAGUAGUGAACCUCUAGGUGUUCAACUAUAUCUUGAACAUCCAAGUCUCUCUGAACCAGAGGCUUAGAUAGUAGCUACCUCAGUGGCAUUUGUCAUGAAGCUCUUCCAACACUUUAAGACAUUGUGUGUUAAUGCAAUGACUCCAAACUUAUAGAAUUGAAAUAGUUAAAGUGUCAAUAUCUUGGUUUCGAACCCCCUAAUGCCUUCUCAAUCUAGCUCGUCGCACGGGGUUUACCUAGUGCGGUUUACAUCUCCUGUGUGGUUUACGAGCGAUUGCUCGGUGAGAGGUUUACCCAGUGCGCACGCGGCUGCAGGUUUUCUGGGGUUCCAAAAAAAAAAGUGUCAAUAUCUUAUUCUGGUGUGGUUCCUGGCC